AUGUCUGACGAUUACUUCUAUCAGCAGAUGAUGGCCUCGACGCCGAUGUCCGCGCACUUGGUUCCCGACGGGGCUUUCGACGCCGGCGACGGCUUGCACCACGCCACUCGGCCCGGGAAUCAGACCACCCUGCUGAGUCCAGACAACAAUCGCCCCAGCUCGCUCAACGAAUCGACCACGGCACCACUGGUCCCUGAACUAGCGACGGCACAAUUGCACCCAGUCGCAGGUCACUACCAGGUUACGGUUCUGCAGCAUCAGCAGCAGCCUCAACCUCUGCUCCAUCCUUCAGCCCUGAGUCUGGGGUUGGGUCUGGAUUUGGACUUGACACAUGCAGACGGCGGCCAGGGUCACUACCACCGACACCAAUUCGACCCAGUGGCUGCUUCUGUCGCUGGCCAGCAGCAACGACAGGCUCCGUCAUCGUUGCUCCAUCCGCAGCAGGGCUAUGAGCAACCCCCCGAAAAUACAUGGCUCCCGCCCGGAUAUGGGGUCCCGGUGUACCAUGACAGCCAACAGCAGCAGCGACAACAACAACACCAUGCCGGCGCGACGCCCUGCUCCUCAUCAUCCUCCACCUCCCGAAAUGUCAGUAUUCCUGCAGCAGGCGGCCUGGGCAUCGGCAACGACAGCAUCGGCACAAGCGGUCACUUAUACGAUUUCGGCUUUGCUGCACCGCCGGCCAUCGCCGCAGCCGAACUUAACCACGACGUCCGAAAGCACAGCAAGAGCAGCAUGGAGACGGACAGCGAUUUCAAGAACCCCUCGUGGGACGACGAGGAAAACGAAGUACCCGAUAGAAAGGUCGGCAGGGUUUCCGAGACGCGCAGGACAUCAUCGUCCGCGUCUCGCAGGCAGCAGAGGAAUGGCAAGCGGCCUGCCGUGGCCGGCGCCGGCGCUCGCGACCUUGACAACGACGGCGACGGCGACGAUUGCGACGGCGACGAACCCACCAGCCCCGCGGACCGGACCAGCAUCAGCGGCCGAUCGAUCAAGUCGGCAUCCGUCGCCUCAUCCGCCGGCUCGGGAAGCAAGACGGCGCCGGUGCCGCGGUUGCGCAGCGCCUCCCGCACGUCUAAGAACCAAUCGCAAAAGCCGACCGAGACGCUCGAGGAACGGCGGACGCGCGCGUCGCACAACCUGGUCGAGAAGCAAUACCGCAACCGCCUCAACGCCCAGUUCGAGGGCCUCCUCAACGCCCUGCCGGAACAGGCACGUGGUCCGGGCGACGCCGGGGACGGCGGCGAAUCGGACCCGCAGCAAGCGGACCAGGAGCGGCGGGUCAGCAAGGCCGAGGUACUCGACAUGGCGCGCAGGCACAUCAAGAGCCUGGAGCGGGAGCGGGAGGUGCUGCACCGCGAACGCGGCGAGCUGCUGCGCAGUCUGGAGACGUUGGAGAGGGAGGCGGCGCUGAACCAAGGCGGCCGGUUGGAUGAAUUUCUCGACGUCCAAGGGACUGCUGCCGCCGACGAGGGAGGCGAGUCGUCAUGGAGGGGCAAUGCCUGA